CUAAUAAUCAAUACAUAGAUCAUGGGUAAAGGCAGAGAGAAGAAGCAUUCAAAAGGACGUUUGGAUAAAUACUAUCACUUGGCAAAGGAACAAGGCUACCGUGCCCGUUCAGCUUUCAAGUUGAUUCAGUUGAAUAAAAAAUACAACUUUUUAGAAAAGUCAAGAGCAUUAAUCGAUUUAUGUGCUGCCCCUGGUGGUUGGUUACAAGUAGCAACGAAAUAUAUGCCACAGAGUAGUUUGAUCAUAGGCGUGGAUCUUUGUCCUAUCAAACCUAUUCCUGGUGUCAUCACUUUCCAAGAUGAUAUCACUACCGAAAGAUGUAGACAAAACCUACGACAGGAAAUGAAGACAUGGAAAGCGGAUGUUGUACUUCACGAUGGUGCACCUAAUGUCGGUAGAGCAUGGGCUCAUGAUGCAUUCUCACAGUCUGAACUUGUUCUUGUUUCACUAAAACUUGCUACUGAGUUCUUAGCAAAGGGUGGUGUCUUUGUAACCAAAGUAUUUAGAUCCAAAGACUACAACAAACUCAUGUGGGUAUUCCAGCAAUUGUUUCGUAAAGUAGAAGCCACAAAGCCACCUUCUUCUCGUAAUGUAUCAGCAGAAAUCUUUGUUGUCUGUCGUGAUUAUGUUGCACCCAAAAAGAUUGAUCCUCGAAUGCUCGAUCCUAAAUCUGUCUUUUCUGACGUUGGCGCAGAAGAGCCCAAGAAAAUUGCCGAUGUGUUCAAACCAGAAAAGAAGAACAGGCACAGAGAUGGUUACGAAGACGGCGACUAUACCCUCCACAAGACAUUAGACGUCAUGGAAUUCAUCCGCGCCAAUGAUCCAAUCGUCACUCUUGGCUCUUAUAAUCAAUUUACAUUUACAUCCGACGAAUCAAAAGAGUUGUUGAAAAAAGAUAUCACGACAGAGGAUAUAAAAAUCAACUGUCAAGAUCUCAAAGUACUGGGUAGAGCUGACUUUAAGGCACUGUUGAAAUGGAGAACGAUCAUACGUGAUGAAUACAAGUUGGAACAAAAGAAGGAGCAAAAAAUUGAAGUGAUUGAAGAAGAGCCUCUGGAUGAAGAUGAAAUGUUGGAAGCUGAGUUGAACAAUUUAACAAAGGAAGAAGCAGCUAAAAGAAAGAGAGAGAAGAGAAAGGCAAAUGAAAAGAAGAUGAAGCUGAUCCAACGAAUGCAGUUGAACAUGAUCAUUCCUACAGAUAUCGCUCUUGAUGAGAAUAAAAUGGAUGAAGAAAUGUUUAGCAUCAGAAAGAUCAAGAAGGACGUUUCACUUGAAAAGCUUCAGGAAGGAGACAUGUCCAUUGCUGACGAUCUUGAAGAAGAAGAUGGAGAUCUCAAUGUCGAUAAGAGUUUAAAGGGCCGUAUCGCCGAAAUGGAUAUGGAUGAAACUCUUGAUUCCGAUGAAGAGUAUGAGCGAGACCUUGAGAUGCAAAUGGACGAAGACUAUGCCAGAUAUAAGCAACGUAGAGCAGAAAAAGAUGCCAAGUUUAGAGCCAAGAUGGCUAGAGAAGAGCAAGAUGAAUGGUCUGGUUUUGAUGAAAAAGCCAAGACAACGAGAGACAAGAAGUUUGACUCUGAUUCAUCCGAUUCUGAUGAUGACUCAGAAAGUGAUAAUGACGAUAGCAUGGAUGAAGCAAGCGACUCUGACGACGACGAUGCUCCCAAAACAACCAUGAAAGGUAUCAAGCCUAGAACUCAAAACUCACUCAUGAACGAUCUUGGUCAGAAAGCUGCCUUGUCAAAGAAGACAGAGAGUGGUCUUUCCACAGCUGCUGCUAUGUUCUUUGACCAGGAUAUCUUCCGUGAUGUUGCUGUUGAUGAAAUCAUGGAUCAAGAUGAAUCAAGCGAUGAUGAAGAAUUUAUCCGUGAACAAUCUAGAAAAAGAAAGAGAGAACAACAAGACGACGGCACUGCUGAGCGUGAUGAAGAAGACAGUGAUUUUGAAAUACAACCCACUGAAGAUGCACUGCCUUCUGAUGAUGAAAUGUGGGAUGGUCGUGAAGAUGAUAAUUCUAAAGCAAUGAAGGAGGCACUCGAAAAGGGCUUGACUACACCCGAAUCCAUUACAUUGGCUAAACAAUUAGCAAACAAGGAAAAAACUGUUGAAGACCUUGUCGACAUGGGUUUCUCCAAAGAAGCUUUUAGAGAUAAAGACGGUCUUCCCGAAUGGUUCUUGGAUGAUGAAAAUAGACAUAACAAACCAAAUAUUCCUGUGACGAAGGAGGCAAUGGACCAAUUAAGAGAAAAGCUUCGAGCAUUGAACGCACGACCUAUCAAGAAGGUGCUUGAAGCUAAGGCUAGAAAGAAGCUUAAGGCUGCCAAAAGACUUUCUAAAGCGCAAAAGAAGGCAACAGAUAUUGUUGACAAUCCAGACAUGACUGAAAAGGAAAAGGCAAAGACAAUUGGUAAACUGAUAGCAAGAGCAUCAAAAACAAAACCAAAGAAAGAAGUCAAGGUUGUUGUGGCAAAGGGCGCCAAUAGGGGUAUCAAGGGUCGUCCAAAGGGCGUCAAAGGACGAUAUAAGAUGGUGGAUGGUGUCAUGAAGAAGGAAAGACGUGCAGAGAAACGAAGAGAAAAGAAAUCAAAGAAGAGUCGUCGUUAA